AUGUUGAUGCCGAGGAACUUGGUGUGCGCAACCGGGCCAAUCGCGGAAGAGGAGGUGCUUUCGCUUCUGGAGCUCGAAGCAGAGCCAACCAAUUCUGAUACUGCAGGAUGGAUUCCCAUUGGAUCGCCCGAGCUCAGCUUGGAGUACUGGCGCGACAUGCCAGGUGCCGAACCCUCCGGCAUGUUCUUGCUGAGAAAUUAUCUGAUUCUUCCUGGUAUCUCACCAGCAAUCGCCAGCAAGUUCUUGCACGACGACUGUUCAAGGAAGAAGUGGGACCCCUUGGUUGAGACGCUGGAAGAUCCGGCGGACGAGAGGGUGGAGCAGUCACCUGCCACAGAAGAGUACGGCUGCAGGACGGAAGGCGUUCGCCAAUGGGCAGAGAGGUUGAAACACUUCCGCCUACGGAGAGCCGUAGUGGGGCAUGUCGUUCGAAGUCUGGAGGAUGGAUGCCGCAUCUUCACCUAUGUUCAGAUGGAGGCAACCUCUAUGCUGAUGUCUCUGGGGCCACAAAUAGCUCCAAAGCUUUUUCGAGGAAUGUGCGGCGACUUCUCUCAAGCUUGCCGUGCAGAAUUGGAAAAGGAGCCGCCAGACAUUGACGGUGAAGUCGCGGACAACACGGGUCGAUCGGACACUGUCCAUGUUCCUCAAUUCUUUGACAUGUCAGCAGGUGACGAGACAGGCUCCACGGCAUCCGAAGCCGGAGGCUCUGAGGCCUCGUCCCACUCGGCUGGCUUGGACUUCUUGGGCAUUGUGGAGAAUAAGAAGCUCGUCCCAGCUGUCUCGGCAUUUCGACGCCUUCUCAGGAAGUCAGAAAAGGGCACGACGAGGAGGGCUAAGGCUGAGCCGCAGGAAAGUCACAAAGGAGAGCCGCUCUUGGAGCGGAGCCUGGAACCGGAAGGCGGCAGGCGACGGCGCUCCAGCAUGCUCCGAGAAAAGAAUCGGGAACGCCAGAGAGGCUCCAUGGAAGCCGUGGCAGAACGCCUCGGAGAAGCAGUUCGCCUAAGGAGCCAACACGUCCGGGACUCGGUGCUGGAGGUCGUCCUGGAAGAGGAGGACGAUGGAAAGGCCAAGCUCGUCUCGAGUGAGGCCGAGAAGCAGGCGUCGGCAAGUGCCAGCAAGCCUUCGGCAAACGUUGCCUCCUUCGGCUCCGAGGACUCGAGCAUGCAGAGUGUUUCCGUGCAGCCUCGAAAGCGGUUUUCACUGCCUGUACCUGCACGCAGCAGAAGGAGAUCUUCGGCCCGCAGUGUACACUCGGUCGGCACCACGGACUCGGAGGACAGCAUGUCUUCGGCUUCAGCCGCUGGUGGAGUCAAUGAAGAGGAUACCAGCCGUCGUCGCUGGGCUUUCGCCCUGGACUCAUUCUUCGACAGGGCACGUGUUGUUCGUCCCGAAGGUUCCUCAGCGGUUUCCACAACCACGGCAUCCUCUCGUGCCUCUAGCCCUUGCAUGGGUACGCCAUCCGCUUCCUCGCCUGCAGGUGUGGGUGCAGGUCCGGACACUGACUGCACCAAGGUCGCAAAGCCUACCUUGGCAGGUGCAGCAUGGGUCUUGACCCAACUCUGCAAGGAGACGGCGCAAGAGCCGGACCCUGCACUUGCUGCACUUCCGGCAACGGAAGAGCCUUCGAGCGCGCCCACCGACCAGGUGGCCACGAGAACGCUCAGAGGAUCGUUAAUGUCUGCAGAGGCCUUCAAGUUCUGCUUCCCUCAGGACAUUUGUGGAGUCCCGCUGGACUCAAAAGCGGCUCUCAAGGAUCCUGGCUGGAAGCGGUCCUCCAAUCGAAAUCGCCGAAGGGCCACGGCUGUUUGA